GGAUGCUGGAGGUGCGACCAGACGUAUCGAUCAGGGCAUCGGAUCGCGCCAUAUUACCAGUCUCAUUGGUGUCGCAUGGAACAGCUUUUAUUGUCUUUGAGCGAAACUUCUCGACCAGGAUGGGGCUGAGGGGCCAUUCGGGUCGAGAUCCAACGUCGAUGCUGGUAUUGCCAAUGAUGAUCGGGGAUGAUAAUAGCAAUACCGUCAAUGACUUGAGGAACCCAUGUUUCCUGCCGGCUUACAGUUUCCAUCGUUUACCUGGAUUUCGCGGUUUGUCUGGCACCUGCGUCGGCCUGUUCUCUGGGUCCCGUUUACACCCGCGCAAAUGCCAACCUCGCCAGGAAGCCACAAGUCCCCCCAUUGUGGGACGCGGAUCCGGCGGUACCUAUCAUGAAGCAGCGGGAUUCGUGAGGGCGGGUUUCUCGACGACCCUCCGCGAGGAGUCGGGCCUCCACCGGAUUUGCCAUCACUGAAUCAUCAUCCAUUUGUGCUCGGGGAGGGUCGCAAAUCCACUCUGGCCGAUUCUGCGAUCCCUCUGCCCUUGGGGGGGGAAAAAGCGAGAGUACGUACGGAGGAAGGAAGAAUGGAACGGAAUGCGGGCGAACGGCCGACUUUUGAGGUGUCGCGGGCGACCAAACGGUGAAAGCGGACUAUUGAAGAUACGCAAAGUUUCGGUGUGUGUUUGGCGGCUGACCACAACAAUAGCAAAGCCAG